CAGACCAGAGAGAGAGAGAAAGGAGAUUUUGGAAACACGGAAUUUCUCUGGAAUUGGCGCUUUCGCCGUUUUCCUUGGAUGGAGGAAGGAUUUGGCUAUUGCAUGUCUGCAGGAAAGAGAUGCCUGAUGUCCUUUGAGGAAGUAGCCGUGUCUUUCAGGGUGGAAGAAUGGGCUCUGCUGGAUCUAGGCCAAAGAAAACUCUACUGGGAGGUGAUGCAGGAAAACUAUGAGACCGUGGCCUCUCUUGGGACCCACAAUUCCCAGAAGUACUUCAGCGCAGCAGAGUGGUCCACCCUGUCUUUCCUAGGCUUUGACAGGAUAGUUUCUCCUGGAAAGAGAGAAGGAAAUUUGGAAUUCAUUGGGGACUGUCUUCUUCCUCAUUUUCCCCAGGCGGUGGGAGAAUGUGACUUUUCCUUGUCUGCAGGAGAGGGAGCCCCACAGUCCUUUGAGGAGGUAGUUGUAUCCUUCACUGCAGAGGAAUGGACUGUGAUGGAUCCAGGCCAAAGAAAACUCUACUGGGAAGUUACAGAGGCAAAUUAUGAGACCGUGGCCUCUCUUGUUGCAGAUGUUAGUGAAAUGAUAGGUGAGAAGGGACCAGGAAGAGACAUCAUGCAAAAGAAUCAAGAUCUCAAUGUGGAAGCAAACACUGCGGAUCAGGAUGUCCUAAAGAGGGAGCAGGGAAGGAAGAAGGAAGCAAAAAAGAAAAAGAGGAAGGAACUGAUUGCCCAUCAAAAGAGGAAGAUGGCUGAGGUCCCAGCCCAAGAUAAACUGCAGAUGGGAAAAAGACGUAAGCAUCUUCUCUAUGCAAAAAGGUUCCGCUGCAAAUUCAGUAGUAAAAAAUAUCAGAGUAUUAAAAUGUACUGGAAACCGUUUAAAUGCUUGGAGUGUGGAAAGACUUUCUCAAAGAAUAGCCAACUAACUGAACAUCAAAAGGUUCAUACAAUGGAGAAGCCAUUUAAAUGCCUGGAGUGUGGGAAAAGCUUCUCUUGGAAAGGUUACCUAACUGCGCAUCAAAAGGUUCACAGAGGGGAAGCAGCAUAUGAAUGCUUGCAAUGUGGGAAGAGAUUCUUAUGGAAUGCAACCCUAACUAAACAUCACAAGGUUCACACAGGGGAGAAGCCAUAUGAAUGCUUGGUUUGUGGAAAGAGCUUUUCACUGAAAGGCACCCUAAAAGCACAUCAAAAGGUUCACACACGGGAGACGCCAUACGAAUGCUUGCAGUGUGGGAAGAGAUUCUCUUGGAGUGCUAGCCUGACUGCACAUCAGAAGCUUCACACAGGCGAGAAGCCAUAUAAAUGUUUGGAGUGUGGGAAGAGCUUCUCACGGAAAGGCUACCUAACUGGACAUCAAAAGGUUCACACAGGACAGGCGCCACAUGAAUGCUUGCAGUGUGGAAAGAGAUUCUUUUGGAAUGCAACCCUAAUUACACAUCAGAAGGUUCACACAGGGGAGAAGCCAUAUGAAUGCUUGGAUUGUGGAAAGAGCUUCUCACAGAAGGGCUCCCUAACUGCACAUCGUAGGGUUCACACAGGAGAGAAGCCAUAUGAAUGCCUGCAGUGUGGAAAGAGAUUCUCUCAUAAAGGCAACCUAACUACACAUCAGAAGGUUCACACAGGGGAGAAGCCGUAUAAAUGCUUGGAUUGUGGGAGGAGCUUCUCUCAGAAAGGCGCAGUAACUAUACAUCAAAAGGUUCACUCACAAGAGACGCCAUACAAAUGCUUGGAGUGUGGAAAGAGCUUCUCUCGGAAUGACACCCUAAUUGCCCAUCAAAAGGUUCACACAGGAGAGAAACCAUAUAAAUGCUUGGAGUGUGGAAAGUGCUUCUCCCGAAAGGUCUAUGUAACUGCACAUCAGAAAGUUCACACAGGGGAAAAGCCAUAUCAAUGUUUGGAGUGUGGAAAGAGAUUCUCUUGGAGUGCAGCGCUAAUGGUACAUCAUAAGGUUCACACAGGGGAGAAGCCAUAUAAAUGUUUGGUGUGUGGAAAGUGCUUCUCUACGAAUAGCCACCUAACUGCACAUCAAAAGGUUCACACAGGGGAGAAGCCGUAUCAAUGCUUGGAGUGUGGAAAGAGCUUCUCUAGCAAAUUCUACCUAACUGGUCAUCAUAAGGUUCACACAGGAGAGAAGCCAUGUAAAUGCUUGGAGUGUGGAAAGAGUUUUUCUACAAAUAGCCACCUAAGUAAACAUCAAAAGGUUCACACAGGAGAGAAGCCUUAUAAAUGCUUGGCCUGUGGAAAGAGCUUCUCUCGGAAUACCCACCUAACUGAGCAUCAGAGGAUUCACACAGGCGAGAAGCCAUAUAAAUGUCUGCAGUGUGGAAAGAGAUUCUCUGUGAAUGGAGCAUUAACUAUACAUCAGAGGGUUCACACAGGAGAGAAGCCGUAUAAAUGCUUGGAAUGUGGAAAGAGAUUCUGCGACAUUGGCUCCCUAAGAAAGCAUCAAAGAGUUCACACAGGGGAAAGGCCAUAUGAAUGCUUGGUAUGUAGAAAGAGCUUUGCUCAGAAUAGCUACCUAACUGCACAUCAAAAGGUUCACUCAGGAGAGAAGCCAUAUAAAUGCUUGGAUUGUGGGAAGAGCUUCUCACAGAAAGGGGCCCUAACUGUACAUCAAAGGGUUCACACAGGAGAGAAGCCAUAUGAAUGCUUGCAAUGUGGAAAGAUCUUCUCUCAUAAAGGCAACCUAACUACACAUCAGAAGGUUCACACAGGGGAGAAGCCAUAUAAAUGCUUGGAUUGUGGGAAGAGCUUCUCACAAAAAAGUGCUGUGACUGUACAUCAAAAGGUUCACACACAGGAGAGGCCAUAUGAAUGCUUGCAGUGUGGAAAGAGAUUCUCUCGGAAUGAUGCCCUAACUGCACAUCAGAAUCUUCACACAGGGGAGAAACCAUAUGAAUGUUUGCUGUGUGGAAAGUGCUUCUCUCGAAAGGUCUACCUAACCGCACAUCAGAGGGUUCACUCAGGGGAGAAGCCAUUUAAAUGCUGGGAGUGUGGAAAGAGAUUCUCUUGGCGAACAGCACUAACUGUACAUCAAAGGGUUCACACAGGGGAGAAACCAUUUAAAUGCUUGGAGUGUGGAAAAAGAUUCUCUUGGCGUACAGCACUAACUGUACAUCAGAAGGUUCACACAAAGGAGAAGCCGUAUAAAUGCUUGGAGUGUGGAAAGAGCUUCUCUGAGAUGGGCAACCUAAAUCGACAUCAAAAAAUUCACACAGGGGAGAAGCCAUAUAAAUGCUUGGAUUGUGGGAAGAGCUUCUCACAAAAAAGUGCUGUGACUGUACAUCAGAAGGUUCACACACAGGAGAGGCCAUAUGAAUGCUUGCAGUGUGGAAAGAGAUUCUCUCGGAAUGAUGCCCUAACUGCACAUCAGAAUCUUCACACAGGGGAGAAACCAUAUGAAUGUUUGCUGUGUGGAAAGUGCUUCUCUCGAAAGGUCUACCUAACCGCACAUCAGAGGGUUCACUCAGGGGAGAAGCCAUUUAAAUGCUGGGAGUGUGGAAAGAGAUUCUCUUGGCGAACAGCACUAACUGUACAUCAAAGGGUUCACACAGGGGAGAAACCAUUUAAAUGCUUGGAGUGUGGAAAAAGAUUCUCUUGGCGUACAGCACUAACUGUACAUCAGAAGGUUCACACAAAGGAGAAGCCGUAUAAAUGCUUGGAGUGUGGAAAGAGCUUCUCUGAGAUGGGCAACCUAAAUCGACAUCAAAAAAUUCACACAGGGGAGAAGCCAUAUAAAUGCUUGGAGUGUGGAAAGAGCUUCUCUACAAAUAGCUCCCUAACUAUACAUCAAAAGAUUCACACAGGGGAGAAACCUUAUAAAUGCUUGGAGUGCGGAAAGAGCUUCUCUCGGAAUUCCCACCUAACAAAACAUCAGAGGAUUCACACAGGGGAGAAGCCAUAUAAAUGUCUGCAGUGUGGAAAGAGAUUCUCUGUGAAUGAUGCCCUAGCUAUUCAUCAGCGGGUUCACUCAGGGGAGAAGCCGUAUAAAUGCUUGGAAUGUGGAAAGAGAUUCUGUGACAUUGGCUCCCUAAGAAAGCAUGAAAGAGUUCAUAAAGGGGAGAGGCCAUAUGAAUGCUUGGUGUGUAGAAAGAGCUUUGCUCAGAAUAGCUACCUAACUGCACAUCAAAAGGUUCACACAGGGGAGAAACCAUUUGAAUGUUUGCAGUGUGGAAAGAGAUUCUCCUGGAAUGUAGCCCUAACUGUACAUCAAAGGGUUCACACAGGAGAGAAACCACAUAAAUGCUUGAAGUGUGGAAAGUGCUUCUCUCGUAAAAACCUCCUAACUGAGCAUCAAAAGCUUCACUUAGGGGAGAAGCCAUAUAAAUGCUUGGAAUGUGAAAAGAGAUUCUCUAACUACGGCUCCCUAAAAAAACAUGAAAGGAUGCAUACAGGGGAGAGUCUAUAUAAAUGCCUGGAGUGUGGAAAGAGAUUCUCUGGGAAGGGCUCCCUAAACAUUCAUAAAAGGGUUCACACAGGGGAGAGGCCAUAUGAAUGCUUGGUGUGUAGAAAGAGAUUCUCUCAGAAAAGCUACCUAACUGCACAUCAAAAGGUUCACACAGGGGAGAAGCCAUAUGAAUGCUUGCAGUGUGGAAAGAGAUUCUCCUGGAAUGCAGCCCUGACUGCACAUCAGAGGGUUCACACAGGAGAGAAGCCAUAUAAAUGCUUGCAGUGUGGAAAGUUCUACUCUCAGAAAGGCAACCUAACUGCACAUCAGAAGGUUCACACAUGAGAAGUCAUAUAGAUGCUUUGAAUGUGGAAAACGGUUCUCUGAGAAAGCUACCUAAGUAAAGAUCAAAAGAUUUUUACAUGGGAGAAGCUAUAUAAAUGCUUCAAGUAUCGAAAGAGUCAGAAUGGCCAGCUAAGUAAACAUGAAAAGGUUUACACAGGAGAAGCCAAUGUUGAUGGGUGAAGAAAGUGUGAUGUCAUCUGCAAACUUGGCUGCCUGACUUGAGCACCCUUAUCUUCAGGUCAUUAUGAGCAAGUUGAAAAACAUUGGCCCUCGUACGGAUUCCUGAGGGAAACCACUGCUCAUAUCCCUCCAUUGUGAGAACUGACCAUUCAUUCCAUUCUCUUCUUUCUGUUUUUUAAAGCCAUUUUCCAAUCUAGACGAGGACUGUUAUCCCAUGAGUUUAAAAUUUGCUCAGGAGACAUUAGUGAGGGACUUUGCUGCCUUACCAACCCCAGCUCCUUCUUCUACUUUCCUCAACAUAUCUGUUCAGAUACCAGUGUCUGCCCCUUAUCUCCAGCAGUAGUGGCACGUGAGAGUUCAUACAGAGUCUCAGUAAUCCAACUUUAAUAUUUCUUUAAUGCCCUAUUCAUCACUUGGUCCCAUUGCUUUCUAGCUGGUUUCCUGCUUUAAAACACAUGUUUUAAAACACAUUUUUCUUGUUGGUCUUGAUUCUUUUAGCAAUUUAUUCCUCAAAAUCCUUGGUUUGCUUCUCCAGUGGUGCACUUGCAUGUUUUUGGUGCAAGUUUUCUAUGUAAAUAUAGAAUACGCUUGUUACCAUUGUGGUCACUGUCACCCAUCAGUCCAUCCAUAUCUUGCACUAAGUCAUGGGCUGCAUGUAUAAUGUGUUUUAAAAUUAUAGAAUUAGUCAAAUAUUUAAGGAUUUUGUGGAAAGUAUUGGUAAAACUUCAAAGGAUCUCUUAAAAUAUAGAAUAUUAUAAAAGUUAAGAUCCAUUUUAGUUAAUUUUGCAUGAAUGUAUUCUUUCCCUAUUUAUUAAAAUAAUUUUAAAAAACUUUUUAAAAUCUUCAGUCUAAGAUAGUAUACACUUUUCAAAACUUGCAGUGUAGACUCUGGUGGAGAUAAUUGAUUAUUCUGAUGGGAAGUCUUGUAAAGUAGUAUCCAUCUGGAAUUCAUCUAUCUGCUUCUUCUAAAUUAAGUUUCCUCCCAAGGGCUCUGAAACAAUAAACAACAACAAAAAAGUUAAAA